CCGGAAAUGAAAGUCUGGCAGUUGUUAUAGUAACGGCGUUGUGUACAUGGUUCAGCUUUAAUAAUGACUGAGUUAGAGCAGGGUGCUAACACUUUUGUCAUCAGACCGAAUUAUCAACACAGGUUCAGGGUGUCGGUGGUGAGGGAGUGUAUUAGAGAGAUCCUGAGAGAGAAUUUAUCAGGAGUUCAGUAUGAUCCUGAGGAAACACAGUCACUCACACAAACACUCGCUGAAAGCAUUAAACACCGUGUUAAAGGUCUAGGUUUGGACGACAGAUACAAACUGUUGGUGCAUGUGAUGAUCGGAGAACAGAGAGGACAGGGUGUGAAGAUGACGUCUCGUUGUUUCUGGGAUUCAGACACUGAUGGCUGUGCUAAAGAAGUUUACAUUAAUGACAGCAUGGUGUGUGUAGCUGCUGUAUUCGGAGUUUAUUAUUACUGACACAAGAACGGAUCCUCUGAUCUAAAAACACACCCACGCCUUGAUGGAUUCCUACACCACUUUUAGUUCUAAAUAUUUUCUAUCUUUGUUUUUAUUUGUAUAAAAUAAAUCGUUGCUCUGCAACACAGUUUAAUGUUAAAUGGUGUGAAAGUGUGUUCACAGGAGUUUUUAAAGAUGUACACAGAAUUUGAUUUCCUGUGAUUUGGUUGUGUAUACCUUCAAAGUUUCAUCUGAAACCCUUUCAGCUUUCACAGAAACAGCUUGAUAAAUAGCUCUCAGGCAUCAGAAAGGAAACAAGCAAGAAAACAUCCUGACAAAAGAGGAGUGGAAGUAAAAGAAAAAAACAAACAACAAAACAACCCACACAUUUGGCUUCUGCAUCUUCUGCAUCUUCAUUUAUACCUGAGUAUAAUUUGUGUGUGUGUUUGUGCAUAUAUUGCCAAAAGUUUUUGGACACCUCUCCCAUCACUUCCAUGACCAAAGGUGUAUAUAAUCAAGCACUUAGGCAUGGAGACUGCUUCUACAGACAUCUCUGAAAGAAUGGGUCGCUCUCAGGAGGUCAAUGAAUUCAAGCGUGGCACCAUGAUAGGUUGCCCCCUGUGCAAUAAGUCCAUCUGAGAAAUUUCCUCACUACUAAAUUUUCCACGGUCAAAUGUUAGAGGUAUUAUAACAAAGUGGAACCAAUUGGGAACAACAGCAACUCAGCCACAAAGUGGUAGGCCACGUAAAAUCACAGAGCAGGGUUUUGAGGCACACAGUGCGCAGAAAGUCACCAACUUUUUAGGUCUAUAGCUACAGACCUCCAAACUUCGUGUGGCCUUUUAGAGUAGCUCAAGAACAGUGCGUAGAGGAAUGGGUUUUCAAGGCCAAGUAUUUGCAUCCAAGCACCUGCAUCACCAAGUGCAAUGCAAAGCUUUGGAUGCAGUGGUGUCAAGCAUGCUGCCUCUGGACUCUAGAGCACUGGAGACAUGUUCUCUGGAGUGACCAAUCAUGCUUCUCUGUCUGACAAUCAGAUGGAAAUGCACAGAGUCCUGACCUCAACCCGAUAGAGCACCUUUGGGAUGAAUUAGAGCAGAGACUGUGAGCCAGGUCUUCUCAUCCAACAUCAGUGCCUGAACUCACAAAUGUGCUUCUAGAGGAAUAGCCAAAAAUUCCCAUAAAACCUUGUGGAAAGCCUUAGCAGAAGAGUUGAAGCUGUUAUAGCUGAAAGGGUGGGCCAACUCCAUAUUAAACCCUUUGGAUUAAGAAUGGGACGUCAGUAAAGUUUAUGUGCACGUAAAGGCAGACGUCCCAAAACCUUUGCCAAUAUAGUGUAUAUGUAUUAUAUAUGUAUAUAAGAGCCAAGUCGUCUAGACAUCACAAUUCAGCCUUUGUCAAAGUUGGUCAGAUAAGAUCCUUAUCUGCCAAUUUUUGAGGACUGGGUGUUUACUGGCCUAAUAUAUCCCACCACUUGACAGGUGCCACUAUAAUGAGAUAAUUUUAUUCACUGGUUUUAAUGUUAUGGCUGAUUACACAUACAGUUCUAUUUAAGAUGUCUUU